AAGAAGGAAGGAAGGAAGCGAGAGCAGGCAAAGCGAGGCGGCUGCUGCUGCUGCUGCUGCGGGGAAGAACGCCACAAGCCACCGAGCUGAGGGAGGCAAGCCAAGCCCCCGGGCCGGAGUCGGCCCCCGAAAUGGAGCACCACCACCACCACCAGACCGCCAGUCGGUACCAAGUGCUUCAUAAUGAAGACGAUCCUUCGGAAUCAUCGGUGGCUGAACAACCAUCCACCUCUACAGAAACUGCACCAGCUUCGCAAACAGAGGCAGCAUUACCUGAAGCAGAUGUUUCACCUCCACCUUACUGUAGUAUUGCUGUUGAAGCAGCUGCAGCAUCAGAAAUGGAAUCGUCUAAUGACUUUUACCCAGUGCCACCUCCGUACAGUGUAGCUACCUCUCUUCCCACUUACGAUGAAGCAGAAAAGGCCAAAGCCGCAGCAAUGGCGGCUGUUGCAGCUGAAGCGGCAGCCCAAAGAGAAGAAGAAUAUCCCCCAAGGGAUGACUUCAGCGAUGCAGACCAGCUCCGUGUGGGCAACGACGGCGUCUUCAUGUUGGCCUUUUUCAUGGCAUUCAUUUUCAACUGGAUUGGGUUUUGCUUAUCAUUCUGCAUAACUAACACCAUAGCCGGAAGAUACGGCGCUAUCUGUGGAUUUGGGCUGUCCCUCAUCAAAUGGAUUCUUAUUGUUCGAUUCUCAGAUUAUUUUACUGGCUAUUUCAAUGGGCAGUACUGGCUUUGGUGGAUAUUUCUGGUACUUGGCCUCCUCUUGUUUUUCCGAGGUUUUGUCAAUUACCUGAAAGUCAGAAAUAUGUCUGAAAGUAUGGCAGCCACUCACAGAACAAGAUUUUUCUUCUUGUACUAGAGACUGCAUCGGGCCAGGCAUUCCUUUUCUCAUACCAAUGUGAACUUCCAGCCAAUCUGUAACCUUCCAAACGAAUAAGGAAAGACGACUACUAAAAAAACAGAAGACAAACAACGAAGCAGGAUCUUUUCGGCGCUUUAGUGAAUGGCAGGGUGGUUUCAGAUGCUUAAAAGUGCCAUUUCUGUUCAUUCUAGUAAAUAUUUAUAUAAAAGCAUUGCCUUUUUUGUCUUGCACAUAUGCAUAUGUGCUAGUUAACAAGAACUUUGAAAAGAAUAAAACCCAUGCAUCUAGUCUGCUAAGCAGUUGAAUACGGCCGGACUCGACUAAUCUGUGUUUGUAGCUGAAAGACUUUUUAAAGUGGCAGCUUCCUCCCCCCCCCC